CGCAGCUACGAAGGUGCGCGGCGUCGCUGUCGCAGUCCCGGCUCCCGAGGACUUCGCCCAACGACUCGCACCCUCGUGAGAUCAAGUAAGUGCAGCCCCUCCCCUCGUCAUGGAGGUAGUAGAGGUUGAAGGCACGAAAAUAGCCCCCGAAGAAGUUUCCGUUGAAGCAGGGUGGCUUGUCAGCCACCGUAAGCAACGACAGACUACGCAGGCAUCAUCCCAACUCAUACACGGAUCCCUCCGUGCAACAGCAAGCGCACGCACCGAGAGUACCGAGCAGCCCGCACUACGCCGACGCGCACCACGGCAACCUCGACUUCCGAAGAAUGAUAUCAAGAUCGUCAUACGCCCAAGAGACGGUUUCAACGUGUCCAAACUAGGAGACGCCCAGAUACGCGACUCAAUACUACAGAUCACGGGCAUUACAACCAAAGAAGCAGAGGACGACAUUUACCGCUCAUGCACGGAUAAUAAUGUCAUUGUAGUUAGCACGCCAAUGAUGUCUAACGCCGAAAAAUACUGUCGCAUCCGCAGUCUCCCCAUCGGAGCAGUCCGCUACGCUGCCACAGCAUACGUCACACCGCCGGAGGACACAGCCAAAGGAGUCAUACAUAACAUCCCUUCAUAUGACACGGAAGAAGACAUUACCAACAGUCUCAUUUACAAGAAGAACCCUACGAUUCUGCAGGCCCGACGCAUGGGCAAGACUAAUUCAGUGCUCAUCGUAUUCGACGGAAAGCAAGUACCGUACCAUGUCUACUACCGCGGAGCAGAAUACAAAUGCUAUCUACAUAAGAAGCGCAUCGAGGUCUGCGACAUCUGCGGGACCGUCGGCCACAGGGCCGAUGUAUGCCCCACUCCAACCCAGAAGAAAUGCAAGAGCUGUGACACAGUAAAUCCACCGGAUGAUCACCCCUGUCACCCUUGCUGCGCGCUCUGCGGCAAAGACCACCCGACUGGUGAUAGGUCCUGCCAUCGCCGCUUCCAGACACCACACCUCCUACUCCAACGACGAUGGGAACGCCUACGACUGGGACAACAAGGAGCUGACCAGGAGAUGGGGCCAUCGACUUCUGCAAAUGGAGACUCAGCUCUUGGGCCUAGGACUUCCCAGGAGGGCAAGCAUACGAAGAAGGCUGGGUUUCCAUCGGUGAAGAUGUGA